AUGAAUAUGCAACCUUCAGAAGCCGAGGCAGGAUUUGAUAUUCACAUUCCUCCUACAGAGGAUCCUGAUCUCCUAAAGAAAAGAAUUGAUGAGGAAUGGGCACCAGCUACAAGGAAUUUGACAUACCAGUUGAUACAGCAAGGAUCAGUAAUGGAUAUUACAGGGUGUCCUCUAAUAACCACAACAGAUGACUCUAACUCAUGGUGGUCUACUUUUAAAGAAGUUGUCAUAGCUUCUGGUGGAAAACUUCAAAAGCCUAAAAUUUUAAGAUCAACAACAGAUGCUCGGUUCAUGAGACAGUUGGGCAUACCAACUCUUGGCUUUUCAAAUAUUGGGGUAUUAGCCAUUGGUGAAAUAUGGACAUUUACUGCCAGAGCUUUUAGCUCACCAGUCCCAGACCACACCAUCAUUGUCAAUUAUGAUGGCUUUGCUGAAGAUGUUAAGGUUGGUGAUGACCUUCUCGUGGAUGGAGGAAUGGCUAAUCUUACUUUCUGGAGAGAUGGUAGUCUAGUUCAAGAACACAAAGCCAUGCUUCCUACAAUAUCUCCUAAGGACUGGCUGAACAUAGACUUUGGGAUUGCUGAAGGUGUGGACUUCAUUGCAGUUUCAUUUGUCAAGUCUGCAGAAAUCAUCAAUCAUCUCAAAUUUUACAUAGCUGCUAGAUGUCGGGACAGUGACAUUUCAGUGACCACAAAAAUCGAGAGUAUUGAUUCCUUGAAGAACUUAGAAGAAAUCAUCCAGGCUUCAGAUGGAGCCAUGAUAGCACGAGGAGACUUGGGCGCUCAACCUCACAGAUUUUCAUACCCAAAUCCCUAA